CCAAUCAAACAGCGCGUCUCUACGGCUACCAAUAAGCACUGGCUUUACAUAGCAGCUUGGCUACAUGUGUACAUGGUGAGGAAAAGGCCGCGCAGCGUGUGAGCUUCGCUUUAUUUUUCAAAUCAACGCUAGCGUUACUACUUAAAUAUGGAGAGUCCAGAGGGCGAGCGAAACAGCCUAACACCAAGGUCCCGCUCCCGUUCACGAUCAAGAUUGGAUUCACCAGCCACCUCACCAUCUCACCGCCGUGCAACAUCACAGUCCCGCUCUCCUCAGCCUCGUAGACGAUCCUUUAGCAGGUCACGUUCACGCACCCCUCGACGACACCGUUCUCGCAGUGGAUCUCCUCGCAAUGGACAUGAGGGAAGUCGCCGUUCACGGCGUACUCGGUCUCCAUGGUCAAGAUCUCCCAUGUCUAAUCGUCGCCGUCACAUUGGCACCAGAGAUAACCCUGAGCCAUCCAAGUGUCUCGGAGUGUUUGGUUUAAGUGUGUAUACAUCGGAGAGACAACUACACAGCAUUUUUGACAAAUUUGGACCACUGGAGAAAGUCCAAGUUGUACUUGAUUCGAAGACUGGAAAAUCACGAGGAUUUGCAUUUGUGUACUUUGAAUCGAUAAAGGAUGCAGCUGAAGCGAAGGACGAAUGCUCUGGCAUGGAAAUUGAUGGCCGAAGGAUCAGAGUAGAUUUUUCUAUCACGAAGAGACCUCACACACCUACACCAGGCAUUUACAUGGGUCGGCCCACCACUCGAGGUGGUUUUGACAGAGGAUAUGGUGGGCGAGGUGGCGGCGGAUAUAGGGGAGAUAGAUACCGCUCUCCAUCACCACGAUACAGGCAACGUUCCAGUGGUGGCCGCCGCGACUAUUAUGAUCGUGGAUAUGACCGUGGAGAUAGGAGUUACUACAGAGGUGGUGGCUAUGAUCGUUAUGACCGGCAGCAACAUUAUGACCGCUAUGACAGAUAUGAUAGGGCUUGUGACAAGUAUGAGCGUUAUGAAAGAUCUAGAUCCCGCUCUUAUUCACCACGUCGGCUGAAGGCAUCGGAUUAAGAUGCCAAAGUGAUGCCGAUGAAUUGGGACACGCUGACAAGGUGUAUUUUCAACAUGUGCAGGAUGCUCUCUCAGCAAAGAAGUGAUGAAUCAUACAGGAACUAGUUCAAUAAACAAGAUAUUAUAUUGUGGCUUUUAUUUGACAUGCUUCCAUAACAGUUUGUUUUAUAGUUAAAGACUGUCCAUUACUGUCAUUGGUGUAAUUUUUCCCCCAGGAAUAAAGUAAAGAUUAUAUUAUUUUUAAUUCCAAAGUUGGUUUAAUUUUAAGUAGUUGACAACCCAAGGGAGAUUGAGUAGGCAUGGUAACAGGCAGCAUUACCUCGGUUUUGUUAGGUAAAAGGACACGAGUGCAACUAAUGUGACAUUUUAUUGUAGCAAUGUUUCGCUCUCCAGGAGCUUUAUCAAGCCGUUACAAACAAUACAUGGACACAGAGGGUAUAUAUAGGCUUAGUGAGGUAUAAUACUAUUGGUGGUAGUAGUAGUAGUAAUAGUGUAGUAGUAAUAGUGUGGUAGAACAGUCAACUUGCACAUGAUUAAAAGGUUAUAAACGCUAUUACUUGGGUAGCAUAAAAAUAGGUUACACAAAUAUUUCUGUUAGUGGUUGGAUUUCAGAAGGCCUGUUUUAGUGUUCCUCCUCUGUUAUGUUCUUAUGUAGUAUUAACAGAAAUGACUACGUGAUGCCAGGUUUAUCGUUUUGAGGAUUUUUUCUAAUACUUCAGAGAUGAUGAAGCUGCCUUUGUUUUGCUUGAUUGUGUUAGAAGCAGGAAUUAAUGAUGAUUCACAGCAUUUACGUCUGCUGACAUUAGGUUUUCUGAUCACUAGUCGGGCAUCGUUGAAUUUCACGAGGUGAUUGGUGGAAUUCCAGUGUUGUAUGCAGGCGUUGUUAAAGUUAUCGUUCCUACAUGCGUUAAUGUGUUCACUGAGACGUGUUUCGAGGUUCCUAUCUGUUUCACCUACGUAUAUUCUGUUGCAGCCUCCACUAUAUAGUGUAAACUGCAUUGACUGGUUCGUGGUUGUUCGAUUUUGUCCUGUACUGGAUGCGAUGGCGACUCCAGUGUUAGUUUGUGCUAGUACCUUAGAAACAUUUAGUGCAACAUGGCUGUUGGGAAGGAUUAUAACUGUUAAGAGUGGUGCUGCUGUGUAGAGAAUUGAUGAUCUGAAGAGCUCUUUUCUUGCAGUCUUUUAUGAAAAAUUAAGGAAACUGUAGAUCAGUGAAUCAAGAAACUCGGGACUACAAAUUCGGUAUGCUCUUAGGAAACAUCCGAUGAUACUUCUUUUGGUCUCGGUAUCUUGACUGGAAUAGAAGUGGGCAAGAUCAUUUUUGUUUGUAGAUUUACGGUAAACUUGAAAUCUUGGAUUAUCUACUUUGUGAAUGAGGACAUCUAGAAAAGGUAGCUUGUCAAUGGACUCUUCUAGUGUAAAGUGAAUAGCUGGUUCAGCUGCGAUGAGCCUUGCCCGAUGAUUCCACACAUCAGAACAUUUGGAAGCUAUGAGGACGUUGUCCACAUAACGUAACCAAGUGACACUGGUGAGGAUGAAGUGUUCAGCUUUCAGGUGCUCUACAUACAAGUUGGCUAAGAUGGCACAAAUGGGGGACCAACAUUCCCAUACCAUAGGUUUGUAGAACCUUUUAUUGAAAGAAAAGCAGUUGAAAUUAAUGCAGAGUUCAAAAGAGGCAUCAUCAUUGGAUUUUUCCUAAGAGCAUACCAAGUUUGUAGUUCUGAGUUUCUUGAUGAGGAAUGUACUUGCAUACACCAAACCUUCACUGAUCUACAUUUUCCUUCCUUUUUCAUCAAAGACUGCAAGAAAGGAGCUCUUAGGUCAUCAAUUCUUCGCACACCAUCACUCCUAAUAGUUAUAAUCCUUCCCAACAGCCAGGUUGCAGUGAACGUCUCUAAGGUACUCUCACAAACUAACACUAGUCACCAGCACUUCCAUAAGGUAUCUAACCAGGACAAAAUUGAGCCACCACGAACCAGUCAAUGCAGGAGAUUACACUACCUUGUGGAGGCUGCGACAAAAUAUAUGUUGGUGAAACAGCAAGGAACCUUGAAACAUGUCUCGAUGAACACAUUAACGUAUGUAAGAAUGAUAACUUGAACAAUACCUGCGUGCAACAUCGGAAUUCCACCAAUCGCCUCAUGAAAUUCAAUGAUGCCCGACUAGUGAUCAGAGAACCUAAUUUCCGUAUAUGCCUUGAAUCAUCAUUAAUCACUGUUUCUAACAAUCCAGCAAAAUAGAGGCAGCUUCAUCAUCUCUGAAUACUAUUAGCAAAAGUCCUCCUCAAAACAACAAACCCUGCCAUCACAGUCAUUGCUGCCAACACUACACAAGAACAUAACAGAGGAGGAACACUGAAAUAAGCCUUCUGAAAUCCAACCACUAACAGAAAUAUUUGUCUAACCUAUUUUUAUGCUACCCAAGUAAUAGCAUUUAACCUUUUACUCAUGUGCAAGUUGAUUGUUCUACCACAUUGUAUUACUACUACUGCUACUACCACUAGUAUUAAACCUCUAGGUCUAUAUAUACCCUCUGUGUCCAUGUAUAGUUUGUAAUGGCUUGAUAAAACUCCUGGAGAGCGAAAUGUUACCACAAUAAAUUGUCACAUUGGUUGCACUUGUCCUAUUACCUAACAUACUGUCAGUAAUUCUACCAACAUUAAUACUUCUGUUUUACACUCCUAUAACAGAAGCUGGUUCCCAUAUCAUAUAGUAUAAUAUACCUGUUAGUUGGUGAUGUGUAUUAGUAUAGUGUUUGCAAAUUUCUCAUUUGUUAAAGAAACAUCAAAGAUAAUCAUGAUCAAACUGUUGUCCUCGUAUAUAUAUUUGGUCGUAAUGCUAAUGUCUAAAAUAGGUACAAGAAAUGAUCCCUGGACAGAUUUUGCAUAUCUCCUAACAUUGGUCAGAUUCUGUAAUUCAGGGCCCAUUACCAUUUUCCAAUCUUAUCCUACAGUAUUUAACUGGAGAAAUGACAAUUUUACCAUUUCUGUACUUUCCAGCUUUUAGCUGAGCUAAAUGUAUUUUAUAGGCCUUGAAUAACUGUUGCAUAGGCUGUUUCUGUCAUUGACUCCUGUUUUAUAUGGAGCAAGACCUGAACUCUUGAUAAAUAUAAAUUAUUUGCUGAAGGUAAUUUACUCAAGGAUAUAAUUUCAAAGCUUCAUGAUCAAUAUAUAAUUUACUGCUUAAAAUCUGAAAAUUAACAUUGAUCUAGUAACUGUCUUGCAAUCACAUAUAGUAUUGCUAAAAUGCAGAUAGAUAAUUAUAGAUGGGUUAUAAGCACUGUAGCCAGUAUUGAUGUUUGUUAUUAGUGCUGUAAAUAAUCACUCACUAAGAGGCAUAGUGUUAAAAGUUGAGCAUCCAACAAUUGGGGCAUUAAAUUUAGUGGAAGUGCAUACAAUCUUAUUUUAAUUCUCACAUUUCAAAAGGUGGUAUUUUCUGUUUGAAAAACAAACGAGUUAGUCAUGCAAGAUGUACAGCUAUAUGUGCAUGGCAUAAAAAAAAUAUCCUGAAUAUCUUAAUUGAUUCAUUUGUUGCAGUUGAGGGUAAUAGAAUCUGAACUGGUCUUCCAAAACUUUCAAAACUAUCGUAUAUUGGUUUUAUGCACUAAACCUAUAUGGGUCAUACAGUGCUGCACAUCUGUAGUACUGUACUAUCUGAUUACUUUUUUAAAUUAAAAUUUUGUUGUUACAAUAUACUAUGUAUGCACUUCAUCUCAGAAAUUUGACAAAACUAAAACUUGUGUUUGUUCCUCUCAAUUUUUACUUCUGUAGGACUUGGUACAUUGGUAUUAUUAUAAACCCACAAGGGCCAUACAGCACUUGGUAUAUUGAGAGAAUGUAUAACAAAGGUUGGUAAAAUGCUCAUGGCAUCCAUCUUUGAGUAAAAAGGUGUAUGUGGUUUUGAAAAGCUGAGGUGCAUCAGAAACUUAAAUUUUCUAAUAAUGUAUAGCUUAUUAUCCUGCAUGUAUUUUAAGUUUUUGUUCCUUAAAGAACUACACCAUACUUGAAUGAUUUCCUUUUGGAUUUAGUGCUUAAUAUGAUUAUAUUAUAACUUGAGUGAUUUAUAUAAUUUUCAAAAUUGGCAUGUGUUUAUAUGUACUAGUCUUGUUUCAAAUAUAGCAUAAAACUGACUUUCAUCUUUUAAAGUAUUCACAAAUAUUUUUUGUUUUAAUUUUAUUAUAUAAAUUGCUCUUCUGAUAAUUAUUAGUCUACCAUAGUAAAAGGUUGAUUUGUUUUUUUUACUUUCGUCAUCAUAAAUGAAUAUUUUGUAUUUCAGGGAGAUACAAGUAUUGAUGCUUGUGCCACAACUGCUGUCACCUUAAGCUAGAUCACAAGAUUCCUCAGAGGUUGUAUGUGUUCCAGAUUUAGUGUGUUGCAUUGAAGACCUGAUUUAUCAGAAGUAAUUUGUUGAAUCUAGGAGUGAUUUCACUUAUUUCCUAAAUAGCCUGAAGUAACCCAAGCAAGUUUGCUUUUAAAUGACUUGUCAUAGUACACUAACAGUGGGCAUUGAGUAAUGUUUACUAUUGUGUUACAUUGUAUGUUGAACUGUUUUGUUGAAUGCAGCUGGAGGAGUGUUGCAUUAAAUUCACAAACAGAAUGGAUAUUUUCAUUACUGUAAAAUAAGGAUACAAAUGAGUAUGCCCAUAUGAGUGAGCCUAUGUACACACAAUGUUGAUGGAAAAACCACUUGUUGACAAUAAAACAAGAAAUUGUCUGCAGUUUUCAACCCCCACCUUGGAUUCACAACUGAGGUUGAAAUAUACAGCCAAAAUUUUGUGCAGUUGUCAAGUGUUUUCCAUAAAUAUAACUGUUCAUUGCACUGCAACAACCAUCAUAUAUAACAUGUACAGCAGGACUUAUGAUAUAGAAUAUUACCAUAUGCCAAAUGAAAGUUUUGUUUGUAGUUUAGACAAAUGAUUUUCUGUUAAUAAAAUGUUCUGAAUACAUUAGUUAGUCUGUUACCUCUAAAUUUAAGAAGUGAACCUUGUCCAUUGUCUGUUAGUAUUAGUGCCAGAUUGUUUUCUCAAUUUUUUUUUUUUUUUUCAACAUUUGUUUUUCCUGAAUGAAAUCUCUGCCACUUGUGAAACUGUGAGGGACAUGCAACAUUUUCCUGUUUUGUUUUUGGUCACAAGUGGUGACAAAAAUGUUAAAUUAAUGAAUAUUGAGGAACCUAGCAAAACAUAACUAAUUGUUUAGCUAAAGAUUUUUUUUAAUUGGUCUUUUUUUUUUUUUACACUAGCACACUAUUGAAUCUGUGCUAGGUUGUCUUAAAUAAAAUAAUUAUACGUUCUCUAAUUGUAGGAUAUAGCAUAGAUUGUGUAAUUAAUACACAUUAAUUGAAAAUAUAAAUCCCCUUAGGUAAAUUCAGUAUAUUUUUUUCAGGAUGUGAGCAAGUGGAUUAAGUUAAAUUCCAGUUUCGUACAUGGAAGUAAUUAUGGAAGCAAAUAUUGUAGUUUGUGUCAAGAAUUACUGAGAAAUAUCUAGGGACUUUUUUUUUUUUCCUAUCUAGUUGCCUUUGUUCUAACUUAGUUUAUAAGCUGCUCUUGUCUAUGAAUUACAAAGUGUGAUUUAUUUAAUUAUUACGUCCUUUUUUUUUUAUUUAACAGGAUUUUCAGCAACACAGUAGAAAUGGUGAAAAUAUAAAAUAUUACAUUAUAUAACUGUUAAGAGGUGACUUCUGAAAAUGACCUGUAUGGUGAAUCAAUUGAAACCUGGAGAAUAGUGUGAUCUCCUAGGAUAUGUUUGUAUGGGGUUUCUAUUUAAGUGUAUGUACUUUAAAAGGAUUUUAAAAUGUAUUGUACAUUAUAGUGCAGUGAAUGCAAACUAAUGCAACAUUGAAACUUAGUUUAUGUAUUGAGUAUUUUUUUUUCUUUAAUCUUUAUGUAAAUUACAUUUUUCUGUCAGUGGGAGCGAGAUGUAGUUUUAAACUUCUUGAAUAAUUGCACAUAAAGACUUUCAAGUACA